AUGACCUCAGCACCUCCCCAUCGCAGACCUGUCACACCUCUGCCCCCGGCCCUCACCCGUACCCUCACCCGCACCCGCACCCUCACCCCGGUCCUCACCCCGGCGCUCACUGAGUUUAGUCGUCGUCGUCGUCUCCUCCUAAACACCAGGAGAGAACGACCAGGACAGAUCCACUGGGACAGAACCACCAGGACAGAACCACCGGAACAGAUCCACCCGGGACAGAACCAACGGGACAGAAUCCCCGGGACAGAUCCACCAGGACAGAACUACCAGGACAGGUCCACCGGGAAUGAACCACCAGGACAGAACCACCAGGACAGAUCCACCAGGACAGAACUACCAGGACAGGUCCACCGGGAAUGUACCACCAGGACAGAACCACCAGGACAGAUCCACCAGGACAGAACUACCAGGACAGGUCCACCGGGAAUGUACCACCAGGACAGAACCACCGGGACAGAACCACAAGGACAGAACCACCGGGACAGAACCACCAGGACAGAACCACCAGGACAGAACCACCGGGACAGAUCCUCCGGGACAGAACCACCAGGACAGAACCACCAGGCCAGAUCCACCAGGACAGAACCACCAGGACAGAACCACCAGGACAGUUCCUCCGGGACAGAACCACCGGGACAGAACCACCGGGACAGAACCUCCGGGACAGAACCACCAGGACAGAACCACCGGGACAGAUCCACCGGGACAGAACCAACGGGACAGAAUCACCGGGACAGAUCCACCAGGACAGAACCACCAGGACAGAUCCACCAGGACAGAACUACCAGGACAGGUCCACCGGGAAUGUACCACCAGGACAGAACCACCGGGACAGAACCACAAGGACAGAACCACCGGGACAGAACCACCAGGACAGAUCCACCAGGACAGAACUACCAGGACAGGUCCACCGGGAAUGUACCACCAGGACAGAACCACCGGGACAGAACCACAAGGACAGAACCACAAGGACAGAACCACCGGGACAGAACCACCAGGACAGAACCACCGGGACAGAUCCUCCGGGACAGAACCACCAGGACAGAACCACCAGGCCAGAUCCACCAGGACAGAACCACCAGGAUAGAACCACCAGGACAGUUCCUCCGGGACAGAACCACCGGGACAGAACCACCGGGACAGAUCCUCCGGGACAGAACCACCAGGACAGAACCACCGGGACAAAUCCACCGGGACAGAACCAACGGGACAGAAUCACCGGGACAGAUCCACCAGGACAGAACUACCAGGACAGGUCCACCGGGAAUGAACCACCAGGACAGAACCACCAGGACAGAUCCACCAGGACAGAACUACCAGGACAGGUCCACCGGGAAUGUACCACCAGGACAGAACCACCGGGACAGAACCACAAGGACAGAACCACUGGGACAGAACCACCAGGACAGAACCACCGGGACAGAACCACCGGGACAGAACCACCGGGACAGAACCACCGGGACAGAACCACCGGGACAGAACCUCCGGGACAGAUCCACCGGGACAGAACCAACGGGACAGAAUCACCGGGACAGAUCCACCAGGACAGAACCACCAGGACAGAUCCACCAGGACAGAACUACCAGGACAGUUCCUCCGGGACAGAACCACCGGGACAGAACCACCGGGACAGAACCACCGGGACAGAACCACCGGGACAGAACCACCGGGACAGAACCACCGGGACAGAACCUCCGGGACAGAACCACCGGGACAGAACCACCGGGACAGAUCCACCGGGACAGAACCAACGGGACAGAAUCACCGGGACAGAUCCACCAGGACAGAACCACCAGGACAGAUCCACCAGGACAGAACUACCAGGACAGGUCCACCGGGAAUGUACCACCAGGACAGAACCACCGGGACAGAACCACAAGGACAGAACCACCGGGACAGAACCACCAGGACAGAACCACCAGGACAGAACCACCAGGACAGUUCCUCCGGGACAGAACCACCGGGACAGAACCACCAGGACAGUUCCUCCGGGACAGAACCACCGGGACAGAACCACCAGGCCAGAUCCACCAGGACAGAACCACCAGGACAGAACCACCAGGACAGUUCCUCCGGGACAGAACCACCGGGACAGAACCACCGGGACAGAACCACCGGGACAGACCCACCGGGACAGAACCUCCGGGACAGAACCACCGGGACAGAACCACCGGGACAGAUCCACCGGGACAGAACCAACGGGACAGAAUCACCGGGACAGAUCCACCAGGACAGAACCACCAGGACAGAUCCACCAGGACAGAACUACCAGGACAGGUCCACCGGGAAUGUACCACCAGGACAGAACCACCGGGACAGAACCACAAGGACAGAACCACCGGGACAGAACCACCAGGACAGAACCACCAGGACAGAACCACCGGGACAGAUCCUCCGGGACAGAACCACCAGGACAGAACCACCGGGCCAGAUCCACCAGGACAGAACCACCAGGACAGAACCACCAGGACAGUUCCUCCGGGACAGAACCACCGGGACAGAACCACCGGGACAGAACCACCGGGACAGAACCACCGGGACAGAACCUCCGGGACAGAACCACCAGGACAGAACCACCGGGACAGAUCCACCGGGACAGAACCAACGGGACAGAAUCACCGGGACAGAUCCACCAGAACAGAACCACCAGAACAGAUCCACCAGGACAGAACUACCAGGACAGGUCCACCGGGAAUGUACCACCAGGACAGAACCACCGGGACAGAACCACAAGGACAGAACCACCGGGACAGAACCACCAGGACAGAUCCACCAGGACAGAACUACCAGGACAGAACCACCGGGACAGAACCACCAGGACAGAACCACCGGGACAGAUCCUCCGGGACAGAACCACCAGGACAGAACCACCAGGCCAGAUCCACCAGGACAGAACCACCAGGAUAG